ACUGCAUACAAAUGUAACCUCAAUUAUUGUUUGUAUUCAUAAACCAUUCUAAUAUUUGAUGCUUAUUGCUUUUGCUUAUUUUUUCGUUCUUUAACAAUUUUUAUUAACGUAGUGUCUGUGUUGUGUGUCCAUCAACCGUUCCAGUAAAGUGAGUACUGUUUUCAUCUGUUUUAAUCUGCUUAAUCAUACAAAUUUAAAUAGUUACGAUGAUUUUGAUUUAUGUAGAAUGAAAUGGAAAUCUUGAAACUAUAAUAGAAGUUUGGUCAUUAUAAUUUAGAGAAUUUUCAAUGGUCUUGUAAAAUUCACUAGGUCCGAAAACUGAAAGCUUACGAAACUGGCUUAUUAAUUGGCAUUAUUAAUACUUAAAACAUUUACUAAUAACGAAACAACUGUUAUUUAAUUUGCUAGCCCUAUGUUUUUAUUUCAUAUAACAUUCGAAAAAAAAAAUUGAAUAGUUACAUACCCAAAUUCUACUUUCCCUAUUUGUCAUAAAAUUUUGAUGACAGUUUUAUGUACCUAGACGGCUAAUUACUUCCAUUCCAAAGUCACUUAUUAAACAAUAAUGUAAAUUAAAGUAAAGUUAGUGAAUGAAUGGUACCUAUAUGUUUAAACUAGAUAUUAAAUGAUUUAAAAUAUACAUUUUGUUAAAUAAUUAUAUAGGAAUGUAAGUAGGUACCAAAGUAACAAAUCAUUUUUACGUUAGCUUAUUAUUUUUUGUUUUAAAAAAUUCAAGAUCUAGGUUUAUUUGUAAUAUUUCCAUGAUGGAUAUUAUUUUUGAAAUGCUGUAUUUCUGGGUACCUAAAAUUAUACAAUAACAUUGUAUUUUAUAUAUUUUUGAAUUAACUAGGGAUAAUAUUUUAUUCUUAAGUUUAAAAUAAUCUUGAAAAUAUGGCAUUUAUCAAUUAACAAACUUUUUCAAAUGUCCAACUUGCAUUUAACAGAUUAUUAUUUAUUUUGCAUAUGUAGAUGAUAAAAAUUAAUGAUAAAAUAACAGUGUAAUAGUAACAAAUUCAAAAUAUACAGGCCUUGCACAUUAUCAUUGUAUCCGUUUUGUGUCAUUUUAUUGUUUUUUUUAUGUGUACAUCAUAUUACAUACUAUAGUUAUAAAAUAAAAACAAUUGUUGAAAAUGGCAAACUGGAUAUUGUUAUUCAGUAUGAUUAACUAUUGGACAAUUAAACUUGUUAUUUUAUCAUGGAUUACGGUGUAUUUACUUGAAAUUGGUAUAUUAAUUUAUUUUAAAUUGUGUUACAGAUGGCUGACGUUAAGGCAGAGGUAAAAACUGAAGCUGGAAAAAGAAAAAGAGCAAGCAAAGUAAUUAUUUUUAUCUGUUUAUUCUUAAAAGUCUUAUAAUGAAAUCUAAUUGUGGGUUGUGAUCAUAAUCACUGAUUAUUUGAAAUAUCAUAAUUUUUUUAAAAAAAAAAUAAAUAAAUUUUGGAUAUCAUCCAUAUUUCAUUUUAAAUAAUCUAAACUUCAUUAAUCAUUCAGUGUUUGAAUGUAUUAUUUUGUGUAUUCUUGGUUUUAACAUAAUGAGUCUGUAAAAAUCCAAAAUUGUUGUGACAUUUACCAAGAGUUGGAAAUUUAUUAAGUUGUUUAAAAUUGUGUUAUAGAAAGAAGAAGUGAAGGCUCCUAUUGUAAAGAAGAAGGUGAGGCCAAGUAGAGAGAAAUACUUUGCUAAAUAUGAUGAGAAAAAGAAGGCUCUUGCAAAUGGUACCCUGAAGAAAAUACCCUCGAAAAAACCAAAGCAAAAUUUGUUGAGUGGUACAGCUACAUGGAAAGUGGUUUACAAGAGUGGAACUUGGCGUUUCGUUCACAAGCCUACUGAAAAUAAGUUGUUAUCUAAGGCCGCAGCCACAGCUAAGGCUGAAGGGAAACCAUUAGUCAUAACUCCGGUAAAUAUAUACAUAUAUAUUUUUUUUUCCUUUAGACCUAUGUUAUAUUUAUUAUUAGAACACAGAUUUAUAUUCUCUUAAAAUAACCAAAAUAUGAUGCAUAUAUUCUCUUAAAAUUUUGAAUAUAUGCUUGUAAUAUCCUCUGAAAAUAUUAUUCAAAUAUACAAAACUAUCAUUUUAUAUUAGUAUAUUCUCCUUAUAUUAAAAUUUGUAUUUAAAUCUAAAACAAUUUGUUAAAUAAUAAUUUACCAAAUCAAUAACAUUAUUAAAAUGAUACGCUAAAUUUUUUUAGAUUGUUUUGACAUUUCAUUAAAUUAAAUCUUGUAAAUCAAAGCACAACAGUCAUAAAAUAUAAAAAGAUUUUUAAUUUAAUUAGACUUCAAUUAAAAAUUGAUAACUCGUUAUCAUACUGAAGGAAAACAUGUGAUAAUUGACACAGUAACAAAUUAUUAUCAAUUAUUCAAGUUGUAACCUCGUAGGUAGUCUGUUGUCUGUAAAAUGACCACUAGAUAUCAAAAAUUUGACCAGCGUGCUUCAACAUCAUUUAUAGUUUUCUUAUUAUGAUAAACAGUCAAAUAAUAAUUUUUGCAUUUAAUUAUCAUUUGUCAAUUAUCUAAUCGUAGUGACAUUGAAAACUAUCCUAUGAUUUACCCUUUAAUAAAUUAUUAUAUAAUAUAAAAAAAUGUUCAGUCAAAUAUGUAAAAAAAAUGAUUUUAUAUGAAUAUAUUCUCUAUAACACUUAAAUGCAAAAUACAAUUUUGUAUGCAGAUUCAUUGUACUGUGAAUCAUUGACAUAUCUUAUUCUCGUGGUUGUGUAUGCAUACAUUAAAAACAUGUUUUUACCUAGAAGUCCACGCUCUAUUAUUUACUUAUUUUAAAUAGGAUAGUUACACUAUGUUUUAUAUUGUGUGGAUAUUUCUCGGAAUACUAUGAUACAGGUAGGUGUACAGUAGUAUACAUAGUACUUGAAAUGUUGACAAUAUCCCAAUUUUUUUUUUUGGGACCCCCAUGUUGAAAAUCAUUGUAUUAAAUGAUUUGUUUCCAGUAGCGCCUCACUUAAAACACUUGAAAGUUUUUUAUUUUCUCUGAAAACACUUGGUAAAAAAAGUUAAAAUAACUCAUAUUUUACUUAGUAGGAAUUGAAUAAUAUAGGAUGUAAAUAGUUUCAUAUGUUAAAAUAACAAAAUUAGGCGCAUCAAUGUUAUGCACAGGACUUCUACUAAGAGUAUUAAACACCAUCUAUUCUCGCUCUGCACGAUUAAUAAUGAAUAUAUUCAAUAUUUAUUACUUCUAAUUAUUAAUAUUUAUAUUUCAAGUGUAUGCAUUGCUUUGCAAUUUUAUGUUUAGCAUAAUAUUUAUUUUAUACCUAACAAUUUUUUUAAAUAUUUUUACUAGUUUUAUAUUUACUAUGUCUAAACUAGAGGUACUAAAAAAGUAGAUAGCAUUAGAUGAAAUUAAUAUGCUUAUAAUAAAACUAGGUGACAAUCUUGUGAACACAGUGUAUGACUAAACAAUGUGGAUUUUUCUUCCAAUGAUAUUUUAUUUGAAAAAAAAUGUUUACAUUCUCAACAAAUUAAAAAAAAACUGUUAUUAAUCAACACAUGACUUGAAUUUUUGCUAUCUCUGUGCUACUUUCGUCACAAAGGAAAAUACUCAUAUUGCUUCACUCGGAAUCUUGUUUUUUGGUUGCGAUGAUUUAUCAGGAUAUUAAUUAAAUUUACUCUAUAUCUCCAUAUGCCCUAUCUUUAUUAACUUUCCAUAUAUUACAGUUUUAUACAGUAUACCCAUGGUGUAAAGUAUUUAUGACUUCUAUUUUAUUAUUGUUUUUAUUUUAUAGAAAAAGAAGUCCAUCAUUGUCAAGCCAAUUAAGGGGGAAAAGAAUGGCGGAACUCGUGAAGUACACACUGUCAAACGCAAGGCUUACUAUGCUACAAUGAAAACGUAAAUAUUUCAACUUUAUUAUUGACUUAAUUUUCUUGUUAACUAAGAGUAAGUUUAAACUUACUUUAUGAUAUGCAUAAAUAAAAUUGAAUUAUAUUUAUUAAACACCAAUAAUUUUAUCAUUAUAUUAAUAAUUAUAUACAAUAUUAUAAUAAUUAUUAUAUUUAUAUUUAUAUCUAUGGGAUAUACAAAUCUAAACAAUUCUAUUAGUUUUAAGUAUUCUUGUGCUAAAGAAAGUUCAUAAGUCAUACAUUUAUAUUUAUGCACCAUUUCUAUAUCAUUUCAAGUAAAAUGGACACAAAUAACUGAUACAUUUAUUAUUUCUAAACUGAAUGAUGCAAUUUGUUCUGUAUCAGAAUGGUAAAUGCAUAUUUUCAAUUUCAAGAAAGUCUUAUUGAACCAGAGUCGCAGGUUAUACGCAUUGAAGUAUUCCUGUGCUAAAGAAAGUUCAUAAAUCAUAUUCAUUUAUAUUUAUGCACCAUUUCUAUAUCAUUUCAUGUAAAAUGGACACAAAUAACUGAUACAUUUAUUAAUCUAAUCAAAUGCUGGGAAAUAAAAUAUGUUCUCUUUUGUUAAUUGAAAAUGAAACAUGUUUAAUAUGUUUUUGACAGUGAUUAUUUUUAUUAAAAAAUGAUCAUUUAUGUUAACAUUAUUUUUUAUAAGUAAGGAACAUUUAUCUUACUAAGAGAUUUAGAGUUUGGAAGAUAUAUUAUGGUCACAAAAGUUAGAAGUUAAGUGAAAUUACUAAUAAUUUUUGUACACCGUUUUAUUUUUGUCAUGAUGCCCUUAAGUGAUCUAGUAAUUAUGAAUCAUUGAUUUAAUAAUAAUUAUAUUAUUUUUGUGCUAUGUUGUGAUGGUAUUUAGUGGUUUUCAGCCACUAUUAACUAUGUCACCUUCGAAUAUUUUUUGAAAAUCCCUACACUUUACUUUAAUCUUAAAUUCUCUAUUGUCAUAAUUUGUAACCAAAUAUAUUUAAUAAUAAUAUACCUCAUAAUCUUAUUUAUAAUUUAAAAAUUAAAUUUGAAUAGAAUAAAAAUAAGUGGAUACAAUUAAUGCUACACUUAAACUUGUUUUUACAAUUUACAUUAUCAUAAAAAGUAGUGUUUCUUCUAUUCUUUAAUUUUCAUACCAAACAUAAUAAUGCAAAAAUAAUGAAUGAUACAUAACAAUGUUUUUUAAGAAAAGAUGUUAGUUUCAUUUUAUUUGGAACUAUGGACUUUUCAACAACUUGAUUUUAUAAAAAAUAAAUUUUGGGAAAUAUUUUAUUUGAUUUAUUUACAGCAAUGUUAAAAUUUGUGUAUGAAUGAUAUUUUUAUUUUUAUUUAAUUAUUUUUUAAUAUUUCUUAUUCAAAUUUCUAGCAUCUCUGUUAAGUUGUCACUGUUAUUAGUCAAUGUACAUGGUACUUAUUUAUUUACGUAUCUGCAACAAUAUAGUGUAAUAAUAUGUUCUUGUUUAUAGAUAAUCAUAAUUAAUUAAAAACUAUUGUUUUUUUUUUUUUUUUUUUAAAGCCCUAAGAAACAUAGGAGCCGUGGUCUGUUCAAAAAUCAUAAGCGUAAUACUCGUUCUUCGUUGACUCCUGGAACAGUCGUGAUUUUAUUGACUGGUAUUCACAAGGGUAAACGUGCAGUUUUGUUGAAAACUCUUGACACAGGUUUAUUGUUGAUUACUGGACCAUUCAUUUUGAAUUCAAUCCCAUUGAGACGUGUACACCAAGGUCAUGUCAUUGCCACCAAAACAAAGUUGGAUAUUUCUAGUGUUCAGAUUCCUGAAGAGGUUGAUGACAAAUACUUUAAGCGUAUUUUGUUGAAGAAGAAGCCCAAGAAGGGUGACAGUAGCAAAAUCUUAUUCGUUCAGAAAAAUAAGGUAAUAGUAUUUAGUUUAUAUUGAUAUUUUAUUACUAUUUUCAUCAAUUUCAUGUUUGUAGACCUACCGACCAACUGAAAAAAGGAAGUCUGAUCAAAAGCUAGUUGACAAACAGAUAUUGGACAUUCUUAAGAAACAUCCAGACAGGAAAACAUUUUUAAUGUAUCUUGCAUCUACAUUUGGUUUGAAAAGUAAUCAAUACCCACACAGGAUGCAAUUUUAAGUGUGCUUUAUUGAUUAUUUUUUCAUAAAAUAUAGGAAUAUACAACUUCCAUAUAUUUUUAAAUGAUUUUUGUAUUUAUUAACCUUUAUUAUAUCUAAUAAUGAUGCCUUAUUCUAACUAUUAUCCUUUUGAAUCAAAUAUCAUAAACAACCCAUAAUAAUGAUUCUUUCUGUUUAAUGGUUUCUGUCCUUGAAAGAAGAAGAUAUUAUGUAAAUUAAUAUUAUUGAAUAGUGUGGUAUUCUGUGUAGAACGAAAUAAAAUACUAAUGACAAUUCUAUGGUAAGUUCUACUAAUUUGUUAGCUUUGUAUCGAAAAGCAGCCUUCUUUUGUUCUGGGAAUAUUUACUACCUAUAACAACGGCUAACUGAAGAGUUAUUUAAUAAGCCCUAGAUUUAUGUGGAACAAAUCCAUGAAAUAUUCAAGUUUGUAUCAUAAAUAUACACAGAAUUUGAAAACUAAUUUUUAUUACUAAUAGCCACAGUAUAUAAUUUUUUGUGAAAAUAAUAAACAAUUUAAAU